GUCGUUCUGUAAAUUUUACGAAUGAUCGUGAAUAAUUUUCUGCAAUUUUUUUUGAAUCAAUAUGCUGAGUUUAGUAAUGUGCACUGAUGAUGAAAUUCAUGAAAGUUCCAAGAAGGUUCUGAUCUAGUUCAGCAUUGCACUGAUCGCAUUCUAGUGCAUCACUGAAUAACAUCAUGUUUUGCACUGAAUAAACUGAUGUUUCUAUUGUGAUAAAGGUUUCCUAGGUUGCGCUGAAUAUUUCUCAGCCUAUGGUUUGUGGAUGUGCUUUUGCUCUGUGAUUGUUUAGUUUUGCAGUGUUAUUCAUUAUUCAGGUUUUGCUUUAAAUUUUUCUGUGAUAAAAUGUUUUGUCGAUGAAAGUUUUCCUGGACAGUUAACUUUUGUGAAUCAAUUAGUAAAAAUGGAUGUUGAUCCCAGUUCUUCUCCUCCUCUUGACGAAAGCACGCUUGACGAAGAAAAUCAUGGAGAAAAUUCCAAUUCAAUGCCCGGUUCCACUGAACAAGUUACGGAAAGCGGCACUUCCAUAGACUCUGAAACUUCCGAAUUAUGGCUUGAAUUCAAGUGUGUUUUCUGCAAUCAAGAUCUUAAAAAUAUAACUAGACCUAAAUUAUUAUCGUGUCUACAUACUGCUUGUGAAUCUUGUUUAACAUCCGAAUCGAACAAUUCGGAAUCGGCUGCAUCAUCAUCUGUAUCAGGUCGAAAUAAGCAACCUGUAAAAAAAAGAUCUAGGAAAGGAAAAACACACCUUGCAUGUCCAGCUUGCUCUCAAGAAAUAAAUGUUAAUGAAACUGUGGACCAUCUUUUUCUUGUUGAAUAUGUACAGAACUCUGAAAACUUGCCUGAAGAGUGUAGUUAUACAUGUAGUUGUGAAGAAGGUGCUGAGGGGACUUCUUUUUGUAUGGAAUGCCAAGAAUGGCUUUGCGAGUCUUGUGUUACUGCUCAUAGACGAGUCCGUGUCACCAAAGAUCAUAUUGUACGACCUAAAGAAGAAAUGGAUGGAGAAAACAUAGCUAAUCGUAACCAGAAAUAUCUUUUUUGUCCUGUACAUUCCCAUGAACAAUUAAGGCUUUAUUGUGAAACCUGUGAUAAAUUAACUUGUCGUGAUUGUCAGCUGAGUGAUCAUAAAGAACAUAAAUAUCAAUUUCUUGAGAAGGCUUGUGAAGAUGAAAGAGGUUUAAUUGAAGAACUGUUAGUUAAAAUCAAAGAAAGACAGGAAAGCUUGGAAGCAGCUAGUGAAAACUUGAAUAGAAGAAAUGAAGAGAUCAAAGAGCGAGAGAAAGUCAUUACUCAGGAAAUCAAAACAUUUGCUGUUAAAUACAUUACAGAUAUAAAUAAGAGAGCAAAAGUAUUAUUGCAAGAUUUGAAUAAAGUCUGUACAUCUAAAAAGAACGAAUUGAGUGUUAAAAACCAAGAAUUAAGUGGUGUAUCAGAUAGGUUGAAGCACUGUCAAAAAUUUGCAGAAGCUGCAAUGAGUCUUGGAAGUGAAACUGCUUUGGUUUAUAGUAAGAAACCUAUUAUGAACCAGCUGAGACGAAUUCUAAGGCAUCGUUGUGAAGUUCCUAACUCUAAUCAAGUUAUAGAUAUGUCAUUUGAAUUUGAAUCAAGCUUCUUGACAAAUUACAUUAGUACCAUUGGUAAAAUAUUGCUGGAUAAACAACCUCUUCCUGGAUCUGCUAAUCAAAAUAUUAUGUUGCCUAUGCCAAAUACAAUCUGCCAAAGUUCAAUUCCUAAUCCCUCCCCUCCUGUUCGACAACAGCCACAAAUGCAGAUGAACACAAAUCGUCAAGUUCAAGCUCCCUUAGCACCACCUAUUCAGCAAAUGCAUCAUCAACAGGUUGCCUAUGGCCAACCUCAAGUUACCUCUUCCACUGAUAUGGCUCGCAAUCAUAAUAACAUGCGUCAAGUUAAUAACGCUCCAAGAAUGACUUAUCGCAAUAAUGUGCGACAAACUCUUGUGCAAAAUCCUCAACAAAACUUUAAUAUUCAAAAUAAUGCUACAUUUCAACAGCAGCGUCAAGUUCACCAGCAGCAGCCUCAAAUGAGACAGCAGCAACAAAUACAAUCACAGGUUCAGCAACAAAGGAUACAACAGCAACAACAUCAGCUACAACAACUACAGCAGCAGCAACAACAACAACAGCAGCAGCAACAACACCAACAACAACAGCAGCAACAACAACAGCCUCAACAACAGCAAUAUAGCAAUAAUAAUGUGCAAUUACCCAUGCCAUUGAGACAAAACAAAAGUUUAUCUGUUACAGCUGUACCUGUUGCAGGUCCUUCUCCAAGUAAACAAAGAGCCAUUGCUCCAAGAUCAAACAUGACUGUGUCAAGCCCAUCAGUUCGCAGUAAUCCACCACCUCAGAAUAAUGCCCCUCAAGUAAUUGUAUUAGAUGAUCAACCCAAUCAGAAAACUAUGUCAAAUACUUCCAGACUAUCACACUUUCCUAGUAGUAUAGCAGCUACACUUGCUGCUAAUCCAAGUCUUCAAAUUCAACCUGCUUAUAAUAAUAAUUCAAAUGUUUUGAAUCCCCAGUCUUCCUUUCUUGUAAGAUUACAGCCAAACACACCUACUCAAACUGCAACUGUUGUAGUCCCAAGUAGUGCGAGUACAUUGAAUGUUAUAGCAUCUAAUCCAACUAUUCAAUCUGUAUUCAGCACAGUUCCUAGAAAUGCUCCACCUACAUAUGCUGCUCAUAUUCAAACUAAAAAUGUAUUUUUGACAUCUCAACCUCCAUCAACUGCUGCUAAUCCGAAUACCAUCAACGUAUUACGACAAUAUAUAAAUAAUCAACCUGCAUCCAUCAAUAUUCCCAAAACUGAAACUUCAUCUGUGGGAAAUGCAUCAAAAGUUGACCUACCUGAUAGGUUUCCAGAAUUGUGCAAAACUCUUCUUAGUUCUUCCGAAGAAACUUUAAGUGUAUCAGAAACUUCUUCCGCUCCCAAAGCAGCUCCAUCUCCAGUCCCUUUUAGCGGUCUCUUUGCAUCAGAAGCGAAAAACAAAAAAGUGACCAGAAAGCUCAGUUCCUCUUCCUCAGACAGUUUGCCUUCAUUGGAUUCUUUUUUCAGUGUUGUGAACAGUAAAUCUCAAGGAUCAUCAGCUCCUAGUUUGGAUGAAAAAAGUUCAGAUAAUGAUAGUGAUGAUGCUGAUAAGAACAAUGGUGCUAAUAGCAGUAAUGAUGUUGCUACAACAAGUGCUCCUUCUGCUACUGCCUUAAUUGAUUCUGCUACUCUAAGUCAAACUUUUGAAGAGAGUUGUAGGACAGAUCCUAAUGAUGAUUACUGUGCUGUCUGUAAAGAUGGUGGUACUAUUGUUUGUUGUAGUAAAUGUCCUAAAGUCUUUCACUUUGCCUGCCAUAUUCCACCAAUAAGUAGUCAAGUUACCGAUGAGGAAGAUUGGACUUGUGCACUUUGUAAAGAUGCUUUAAGAGAGCCUCCACCUGAGGAAGGCAAGAGGCAAACUAUGGGAUUGAAAGGCAAAGAAUUGCUAAUUUGUGAAAGAGUUCUUUUAGAAAUAUACUGUCAUCCCAACAGCUUACCGUUUCAUGAAAGAGUUUCUAAAAAGGUUCCUAAUUAUUAUAAAAUAAUUAAACAUCCAAUGGAGCUUUCUACUAUUCGAACUAAAAUAUCACCAUCCAAUUUUGAACAUUAUGAAAAAGUUGAACAAUUUCUAGAUGAUUUGAUUCUUAUGUUAACAAACUGUUACACUUUCAAUGGGUCUCUAUCAACUUUAUAUGCUACUGCCAAACAGAUUGAAGUUUUUCUUUUGAACAUGCUCAAAAAAUAUUUACCUAAUUUUGUGGAUUACAUGUCAGAAAAACUAAAGCCUUUUCAAGUAUCAGAAGAUUGAGUUUGUAUACACUGUCAUUCAUAUCAGUGUAUGACAGUGGUGAUAUGAGUGACAGUGUCAUAUUAUCUCCACUGUCACCACAAAUCAUAUAUUUGUAUAUCCAUUAACAUUGUCUAUAUCCAUUUCGUUUACUCCCUUUUUUAUAACUAUUACACUGUUAAACAAGGUGUAUGUUCUUCUUUCAGUAAGUCAUGUUUUUCAAAUUUUGGUUUGGGAGGUUCUGUAGAAGAAUAAGACAUUAAAAUUACUCCACAAUUAAAAAAUUCAGAAUCUCAAAACUCAAUUUGCAAUAAUUGUUCAAUACUUUUCCAAGAUAAAUUUUGAAAUUCUAGUAUUAAAAGAAUGUUAAAUUAAUGCUUAUAAUGCUUAAAAGGAAUAUCGAAUUCUAAAACAUUACACUGUUUAUAAAGUUUUAAGUUUAAAGAUAUUUUGUGAAAACUAUAUUAUUUGUAAAGACCUUUAGAACAUUUUUUUUCUGUACCAGUAAAUGCCUAACUAUUUCUUACAUUCAUAGUUAGUAGCUUCCCUGAAAAAAAGCCACCAAAGUAUAUUGGUAUCCACCUACUUUUAAAUAAGGCUUCUGUUUCAGAAUUAUCUUGGUGAAAGUGUUUCCCAUUUUUAUUGCUUAUAGCUUACAUAAUUUUUGGGAAAAAUAUAAAUGCACUGUCAUAAAAUUAAUUUUUAAUGACGAGAAACUUUUUUUAGUGACCUUUUUUCUUCAGAAACUUGUUAUCUAUUAGGGUUGCCCGAAUAAAAAGUGGUAAAGUGCAGCAGUGUAAAGAAAUAGUAGUGAUAGCAAAAUUACAUUUCGGGUUUUAAUUUAAGGUUGAAACGCAACACAGGCUGUGUGUAGCUGAUUAAUUAGUUCACAAGAGAGCAUUUAAAGUGAAUGUAAAGUUGUUUUCAGAAUGGAACUUCUGUUAGUAGGGUGAUUUUUAAUGACAAAAGGUGAUUGCACUAUUAACUUACUUAUAUCGAACAAAGUGCUGCAUAAGAUGACAAAAAUUGUAAAUUUUCUUUUACCUCUUAUUUCAUCAACAGCAGCAAUUAAUUCAUGGCAUUUGCGUUUCCUCUGUCUUUUCAGAUCUGAUAUUGAUGCAGGGCUUGACAAAAACAUUUACACCAUUAGAUCAAAUUUUUGCCUUUUAUAAUUAAUCAACUGACAUUCAACAUGUUAUGCUAACCUUCUGCCAUUAGAAAUUAUACUGCUGUGCCUUGUACUGUUCUGGAUAUGCCUAUUUUAGUAAAAAAUUUUGCUGGCAUAAAAUGCAUCUGAAAAAAAAACUCAAGUAGUUCUAAUAAUAUUUAUUAAAAUAACUCUUGUUGUCAUUUAUAACUCUUGUUAUCAUUUACUUGUUGUCAAAGAUAUCUUUAAAUAAAAUUACAUUUUUAGAAAUUAAUAAAAAUUAGUGUAAGUUUAAAUUAUCCCCAAGAGAAAAAAAACUUAUUAGAACUGCUUGAUUCUUUUAAACUAAGUUAUUUGCAUUUAUCGUCUGCAAACAUGUAUGGUGAAAUUGCCCAAUUUUACAUUCUUAUUAGAUGUUCUGACGUGAGCUGGUUAAUCGGUUAGACACUAGCUGUCUUACUAAGGCUACUGUAUUUUUGAUGCUAUCAAGAGUGUCAACUUUUUAUUUGAUCAAUUCUUACAAAAGAAUGCCCAUUAUAUAUUUAAUGAGAGACAGAUACUUAAUUUUUGUCUUUCAGUGUUAUUAGAUAAUAGUUUUAUGUAUGUUUUUCGUACAUUUUUCUUUUUUGAUUGUGUGAUUUGCCGAUAGCUGAAAACUGAUUUCAUUUUAAUGAAAUUGAAUGAUGGUUACUAGUAAAUUUAAUCGAACAACAUUUUUUUCUCACUUUUUAUUGUGAGAGUUUUAUUGCUGCAUUUUAAAAAUUUUCCCAAAAAAUACAAAUAUUAUAGUUUUGCUAAAACUAUAAGUUUUAUUAAGUUGUGUUUACAAUAAAUCAUAUUGUUCAUAAUCUGUAAAUAAGUUCCUGCAGUUAAAAUAUGUUCUGUAUUAAAAACAAUUUAAUUAUUUUUUGCAGUGAUGGGGUUUGCGGUGCUUGUAAAUCCACUGUAUUAAGAAAUAACUGUUGUCAUCAGUUUUUAGUUGUUUUUUAUUAAUACUUAUAAAACUCAACAUCAUCAGUUUAUUUUCCCUGUGCAAAAAAUUUCUCAUAAAAGUAGUACAAAGAUUAUAUUUUUCUUAAAACUGUGACCUUCAUUUAGUUGAGUUAAGAAUUAACCAUUGUAUUGCUUAUAACAAUUAACGUGUGUCUGAUGUAAAAAUUUGUUCUGUAUUUCUUUUUUUUUAGGAAAGAAAGUUGUAAAAUAAUAUUUUAUUUUCAGUGUUUGGGUUUGUAAUGUUUGAAUUUAACGCAAGUUUACUUUUGUUUAAAAAUAAAUGAUAUAUUUGUUUUUUUUUUAAAAUUCUUUUUGGCAAAACCCAGUAUCUUUACUUUUUUUAUUUUCUAUAUGCAAAAAAUUUCUCUUAAAAGUAGUUCAAAAAUUAUAUAUAUUAUACUAUCCUUAAUUACUCACAGUAUAUGAAUAAGUGUCAAAAAAUGUAUAUUAAAAAAAUUAAUAAGUAAAAUUUUAUUCUAUAUUUAUAAGUACUUAAGCUUAAUAUUUUUUGGCAUAUUUAUAUUUGUGGUGUAUAAAUAUUUCUUUGGAGUAUUUAUAUUUUAAAAACAGUUGACUUUCCUUGAAAAUGACUUAUUUCAAUUCUUUGAUUUGUUAUUAAAUUCUUUUUUUUGCAGAAGAGAAAAAAAUUAGAGACAAAUUAGUUAUAAAUGCUAUUUUUUCAGUUUUACUUUAGUACAAAAUACAUAGUAUAUAUUUUUUAAGUUUAACAAAGAAAAAAAAAGGGUAUACAUAUUUUUUGCUAUAUGUCAUGUCAUGUCAUUUGUUAUGCUUACAGUCAACAUUAUGUUUAACCUUAUAGUGACAUUUUUAUCUUAAGAGUACAGCGUGAAUAAAGUUCCGCAAAGUUAUAAAUUUAAUCACUAAAUUGUUCUUCAUUAGUUUCAUGAAAAG